AUGCCAACUGAUGGCGCCAUCUCUAAAUUCCUCUAUGUCAUCAUGAAACAGCUAGACCUCAAAUCGAUCGACUGGCAGCAGGUUGCUGAUCAGCUAGACAUCACCAACGGUCACGCCGCCCGCAUGCGCUACUCUCGCUUCAAGCAGCAGAUGGAGGGUGUCGCACCUGCCCCACGCAAGGCCAGAGCCGCCGUUCCCCGUCAGAGGACAUCGAAGCCCGACAAAUCUGACAAGAACAAGACACAGACAGAAGAGCAUCAAGGGACAGUCUUCAAGGCGGAUAAAGAGGAAAAUAUGGAUGCGAUGUCAGGCGUUGAGCAGACUGUCAAGGCGGAGCAUUUUGUCAAGCCGGAGCCGGAGAUCAAGGCGGAGCUCGGUGGAGAGGAGGAUGGGACGUGGUCGCCGGAUGGUAGUGCAGAUGCUGACGCGAUGCAACAGGUGUCCCUGGAGUCAGCAGCUUUUGUGAACCAUGGCGAUCUGCUGCAGUACUCUCCAGUGGAAACACCCCAGAUUUCGCCAGAGCUUGUUGCAGUAAAGCCAGAGCCAGUUGUCAAGAUAGAGCCUCUUUGGGAGAACUGA